CCUUUCCUUCUCAGCUCCUCCUGCUUACUCUUCCCGCAGCCCUCGCUCCUCUCUUCUAAUUUGUGGCAGUGGGCGGUUUCUCCUCUUCUGUGCUCCAUUUUAUCUUCUCUCUGUGCUCGCCAAACGGCGUGUGGGGCUUCGCUACUCGCUCCCUUUGGGUUGUUUUUCUCCCUUUCUAGCUCUUGGCCCGCCUCCCCCUUCUUUUUUUUCCUCUCUUCCCCUUUCAUCCUCUGACCCCCGCCAUGAAUGAGGAGUACGACGUGAUCGUGCUGGGCACCGGCCUCACGGAAUGCAUACUUUCUGGUAUCAUGUCAGUAAAUGGGAAGAAGGUCCUUCACAUGGAUAGAAACUCCUAUUAUGGGGGUGAAAGUGCAUCUAUUACACCACUGGAAGAUUUAUACAAGAGGUUUAAUAUACCAGGAUCACCACCAUCCUCCAUGGGACGGGGAAGAGACUGGAACGUGGACCUAAUCCCCAAAUUCCUUAUGGCCAAUGGUCAGUUGGUUAAGAUGCUGCUUUAUACAGAAGUCACCCGAUAUCUGGACUUCAAAGUAACCGAAGGAAGCUUUGUCUACAAGGGAGGAAAAAUUUACAAAGUUCCUUCCACUGAGGCAGAAGCCUUGGCAUCUAGCCUGAUGGGGCUGUUUGAGAAACGUCGGUUCAGGAAAUUCUUAGUAUAUGUUGCCAACUUUGAUGAAAAAGACUCCAGAACUUUUGAGGGUGUUGAUCCUAGGAAGACUACAAUGCGAGAUGUGUACAAGAAGUUUGAUUUGGGCCAAGAUGUCAUAGAUUUCACUGGCCAUGCCCUUGCCCUUUACAGAACUGACGACUAUUUAGAUCAACCAUGUUAUGAAACCAUCAACAGGAUUAAACUUUAUAGUGACUCUUUGGCAAGAUAUGGCAAGAGUCCAUAUCUUUAUCCACUCUAUGGCCUUGGAGAGCUGCCCCAAGGAUUUGCAAGGCUAAGUGCCAUUUAUGGAGGUACCUAUAUGUUGAACAAGCCAAUUGAAGAAAUCAUUGUAAAAGAUGGACAAGUGAUUGGUGUGAAAUCUGAAGGAGAGAUUGCCCGUUGUAAGCAGCUCAUCUGUGACCCUAGUUAUGUAAAAGAUAGAGUAAAAAAAGUAGGCCAGGUGAUCAGAGUUAUCUGUAUCCUAAGCCAUCCAAUUAAGAACACCAAUGAUGCCAAUUCGUGUCAGAUCAUCAUUCCACAGAACCAGGUCAACCGGAAAUCAGAUAUCUACGUUUGCAUGAUUUCUUCUGCACACAAUGUGGCUGCACAAGGAAAGUAUAUUGCCAUUGUUAGUACUACUGUGGAAACCAGAGAACCUGAGAAGGAAAUUAGACCAGCAUUAGAGCUUUUGGAGCCAAUUGAACAGAAAUUUGUUAGCAUCAGUGAUCUGUAUAUUCCAACUGAUUUGGGAACAGAAAGUCAGAUCUUCAUUUCCCGCACUUAUGAUGCUACAACUCACUUUGAGACAACUUGUGAUGAUAUUAAAGACAUCUACAAGAGGAUGACAGGGUCUGAGUUUGACUUUGAAGAAAUGAAACGAAAGAAAAAUGACAUUUAUGGGGAAGACUAAUAGCAGUAAUAUGCUAAUAUCCAAUUAGGAGAAAUUUAAAUUUGAGCUAAUACAGAGUUAUAUCAAGAACCUAAUGAACAUUAUAUGAAAUCAAUAUUGUAUGGCCUGCUUUUGUAAUCACUUCUUUGAGAUUGAAGAAUACUAUGUCCCUAAAUAUUCCCUCUCUCCCCCCCUUUUAAUAUCAUGUCUUUCUCCUGGGAUGACUGUCCAGAAGUGACAGCUUGCUAACAUUAUGUUCAAUUUCCCUGAGUGUGCGUGUGUGUGCGUGUAUGUGUGUUAAGGGAAAGCACAGUUUAAACAUACACUCACUGAGACAGACAAAUAGAACUUGAUACAGUAUUUGUAUCUUUUAAUACUAUAGCCUUUUCAAUUGUAUGCCUAUUGGGUUCAUGUUGAUUCUAUAAGUUCAUGUGCUAUUUCUCUUAAACAUUAAGAAAACUUUAAAUUGAACACUCCACUGUUGGGCAGCAUCCCUCCAAGUCCCCAUAACCUUUGGUUUUUGUCUCAUGUCAAGUAUUAUGACAGUGCCCAAAUAUCAUAGUCAUUAGUUACGGGCAUAUAUUUCUAACUCGGCUUUAGCUUUUGAAACCAUUUACAUAAUUUAGGAGAGGCCUGUGUGCCUAAAAGCUCUUUUGGUGUUUUAAUCUAAUAAAACUGAUAAAAAAAAAAGUAAUAAUAGCAGGCGAGAUGUGAAAGUACCUUCUAUCCCCCUGACUUUUUGGAUGGACCAAACCACAAUGCAGUAUUAAUUUGACAGAGCCUCCAAGUCCGUGAUGGCUCUAAAUGAUUUCUGUACUGCAAAGUAAAGCCAAAUUCUGGAAACCAGUACCCGUUUAUUGGUCUAUUUGCUUCCUACUGUAACUAAAAGGUUGUCAUUUGACCUGCUGUUUCCUAUAUUAGACUUUUGCAAAUAGCAGUCUCGAGAACUUACACACUAGAAAUGUUUAAAUUUGGAGGCAAUAGAACUAUUAAACUGUACCAUCUA